GUGCGCAGCCGCGGAGGAUCGCUUCCGGGGGUGGGCGGGUCAGAGGAAGUGAGAGCUGUGAGUCUGGGCGACCGGCUGUGGUAGGAGGGGCCGUAAGGUGAGUAAAUCCUAGAGCCGGGAUUGAGAUGGCCUGAUAUGAAGGAGUCACGCUUCACACCUCUCCGAGUCCCCAGAGCCGCCCCGUGGGUGCCUUGUCCUUCAAGUGCAGGAGCUGGUUGAAAUUUUGGGGAUGGAAGCCAAUGUGACCAUCCCAAUAUGGCAAAAUAAGCCUUAUGGGGCUGCUCGCAGUGUAGUGAGAAGAAUCGGGACCAACCUACCCCUGAAGCCGUGUCCCCGGGCAUCCUUUGAGGCCCUACCCAGCAUCUCUGACCUGUGUCUGAGGGAUGUACCCCCGGUUCCCACCCUGGCUGACAUCGCCUGGAUUGCCGCCGAUGAAGAGGAGACCUAUGCCCGGGUCAGGAGUGAUACGCGCCCCCUGAGGCACACCUGGAAGCCCAGCCCUCUGAUUGUUAUGCAGCGCAAUGCCUCAGUGCCCAACCUGCGUGGGUCAGAGGAGAGGCUCCUGGCCCUGAAGAAGCCAGGCCUGCCAGCCCUAAGCCGCACCACAGAGCUGCAGGAUGAGCUAAGCCACCUACGCAGCCAGAUUGCCAAGAUCGUGGCAGCUGAUGCAGCUUCGGCUUCAUUAACGCCAGAUUUCUUAUCUCCAGGAAGUUCAAAUGUCUCUUCUCCCUUACCUUGCUUUGGAUCCUCAUUCCACUCUACAACUUCCUUUGUCAUUAGUGACAUCACCGAGGAGACUGAGGUAGAGGUCCCUGAGCUUCCAUCAGUCCCCCUGCUUUGUUCUGCCAGCCCUGAAUGUUGCAAACCAGAAAACAAAGCCACCUGCAGCUCAUCUGAAGAAGAUGAUUGCAUCUCUCUGUCCAAGGCCAGCAGCUUUGCAGAUAUGAUGGGUAUCCUGAAGGACUUUCACCGGAUGAAACAAAGCCAAGAUCUGAACCGGAGUUUAUUGAAAGAGGAAGACCCUGCCGUCCUUAUCUCUGAGGUCCUGAGGCGGAAGUUUGCUCUGAAGGAAGAAGACAUCACUAGAAAAGGACAGUGACAGCAUCCAGCUCUGCAAACUCAGUCUCAUGCUCCCAGAAUCCCUUCAGUAGCUGCCUUCCUCACUGCAGAUGUUUCUGCCUCUCAGAAUCUUCUGCAACAGUCUUGCCAACCAGCUAGAGCGUGAACUGAAAGAGAGGAGCUAGAUGUUUCCCACACUUCAAACCUUAGCAGAAGCUAAGGCCUGUGUUUUGAGCUAAGACAUUACAGGUAAUUGUGUAGGUUAGAAUGUCUGUUUAAAGGGUAGGAUACAAGUUCCUGGUUUUUCCUUGUCCCUGUGUGAAAAUAGGUCCUAAAUGAAUGACUUCAUUGCAUUAGACCCUGUAACUGGUCUUAUGGACGUUUUGUGCCCAGAUGUCACUCUCUCACCUGCUUCCUUGCAGCAGAGCAGGGCUGAGGGGAAGAGGCUAUAAAUGUUUAUGUACAUGUCCAUAGGGCAGGGAAGAUCUGAUGCUGCUCUAUCAUAAACCUGUACCAAGGCCCAGCAAUCACCCUGUCCCUUUCCCUGUCCAGCACGUAGAUGUAGGGGUCAGGCUGCAGGAUCAGCAACCGGCAGAUACUGGGCUACUGCUGGGAGGCCUGGGCUGUUUUUUUCUUACACAUAUUUUAUAAUAUUGUACAACCAAAUCUACCCUCCAAGCCCUGAGGGCCUCAUCAGCUCCACUGAUUGAAAACUUCUCUUCCAAGGACUUUCACUUAAGCCCAGUAGGAAAGAGAAGUGGGAGGGAAAAGAAUGCUCUACCCUUCUUCUAGGCCUGUGACUGCUCCUUUGGGCUGGGCCAAGGUUUGUACCUACCACAUCACUGCAUGACUCACGCAUCCUCAGGUCCCUUUCUCUGCGGUAUGUAUCCUGUGUGUUUUGGGGUUCAAGCACUACCUGACAUUAAAGGAUUUGGAGAGAAUGCA